AUGGUUUCUCAACUUGUCAAUACAGGUUAUAAUAAUAUUACAGAAUUAAUUGAUCUUGUUGUACCAAUGGUAUGGACAUAUGUCGAUGAUGUUAAAACAUGGUUUGAUGAUACUGUUUGGAUGAAAUUUGCAAUGUUCCCUGAAGUGUGGGUAGCAAGUGCAUAUAAAGGUUCAUCUGGUGAAACAACAACAAUGAGUUAUAUUGGUCAUCAUCAUCGCAAUCAACAAACAUGGCUUGAAACAAUGUAUAUUGCAUCCGAAAGACAUAAAGUUAAUUUUACUGGUAUUGCUGUUACUGGAUGGUCUCGUUAUGAUCAUAUGCUUUCAUUAUGUGAAUUUCUUCCUUCAUCGAUACCUUCAUUAACAUAUUCUUUACAAACAAUUGUUCAUGGUCAUAUAACUAAUGAAUUAAAUGAAACAAUAUCUCAGACAUUAUUAGGUUGUACUCAAAUACCAUUAUGGGAACGAUCAUCAUAUGCAACAUUUGUAUCAUGCACAUUUCCAGGUCAUGAAAUGUAUGAAAUGAUGUAUAAACAUGAUAAUAUAAUAAGACAAUAUGAAGAAACAAUGUCAUUUGUACGUUUAUAUGUAACUGAUGUUCAUAUACGACAAAAUUAUAUUCAUUAUAAACGCGGUGAAGAAUGUUUAGAACGUUUAAUCUCUUUAGAAAAUGAAAUGAUACGUUUUAUAGAUGGAUUUCAAAAUGCAUGUCUAGUUUUUUUCACACCUGAUAUUGGUCCAGAAUGGUUACAAACUUAUUUUAUGCGUACAUUUAAAGAAAUUCAACAACGUAUAAAUUUUAUUGAUCGAGCAUUAAAAACACAGUCAUCAUGGUUCAUCGAAAAAAUGUUACGUUUUUUCUUGAUUUUAUUAUUUUUAUUUAUUUCAUCAAUAUUAUCAUCACGUUUAAAAUAUCGAGCAUCAGUUAAAGAAAAUGUUGAUCUGUAUUAUACAAUAACAUCAAUCGAUAAAAUGUUAUCUGUUAAUUAUCAACAAUCAAUUGAAUUUCUAAAUUCUAACUCUCCAUAUACAACAUAUUUUCUUGUUGACGGACAAAAAUUACGUACAAGACGUUUAAUUGAUCGUGAAGAAUUUUGUCGGAUUAAAUUAUGUGAAAAUUCUUUAUGUCAUCCAUGUGAAAUUGAAAUGGAUUUUGUAUUAAAAGAAAAUGGUCAACCACGUGAUAUUAUUUCAUUAAUAUUAACUGUUGAAGAUGUAAACGAAUUUCGACCACAAUUUUUAGAUAUGUCAUCUAAUGGUCAAGUUAUUCAACUUAAUAUUAGUGAAGGCGUGCCUGUUGGACACGUGUUACCCAUUCCAAGUGCUACAGACAAGGAUGGUGAAGAUGAUGACCUUGUUUAUUGGUUGGAAAAAACGACAAAAAUUCCAUUUGAACUUGUUUCAUUUGGUUCAAAUCAAAUUGCUUUAAAUGUAACUGAACCAUUAGAUCGUGAGACACGCGAUUUUUAUGAAUUUAAAUUAACUGCUAGCGAUCGAGGAAAUUUAACAUCAACAAUACCUAUACAUAUAUCAAUAAGUGAUAUUAAUGAUAAUGUUCCUUCAUUUGAUCAACAACAUCCUUAUACAUUAAAUAUAUCUGAAAAUAUUCUUCCAUCGUUAACUAAAUCAUUACUUCGUAUACAUGCUAUAGAUAAUGAUUCAAAUGAAAAUGGUCAUAUAACUUAUAAUUUUAGUCCUCAAGUUUCAGAAUUAAUUCGUCAAACAUUUCAAUUAAAUUCUGAAACAGGAGAUUUAUAUCUUCUUCAAUCUCUAGAUUAUGAACAAUAUAAAGAAUAUCGUAUACAAGUAACAGCACAAGAUUCCGGUCCAGUAUCAGUUCCUGUUUAUACAGUUAUUAUUAUAAAUAUUGAAGAUGAAAAUGAUAAUAUACCAAUAAUGAAUCUACGUGUAUCAGAAUAUUUUCAUUUAGUUAAUAAUACAUUAUAUAUAAGUGAACAAACACCAAUCAAUACCUUAUUAAUGCAUAUAAUUGUACAAGAUUUUGAUUCAAAUUUAAAUGGUAAAGUUAAUUGUUGGAUUGAACCAUUAGAACCAAAGCUAAAUUUAACCAAUACAAUAAAUAAUAUGUUUGCUAUAUAUACUAGACAAUUAUUUGAUCGUGAACAGAAAUCAAAUUAUUCAAUAAGUUUAAUUAUUGAAGAUAAUGGUUUAAAAAUUCGUCAUCGAACAAAACGUGAACUUGAAUUAAUUAUAACGGAUAUUAAUGAUAAUCCACCAAUAUUCUCUCAAUCAUUUUAUAAUGUAUCAAUUGAUGAAGAAAAAGAAUAUUUACAACCUAUAUUACAAUUGCAAGCAACUGAUGCAGAUAUAAAUGAAAAUAGUCAAAUAUCAUAUGAAUUAAUUACUAAAGAAUAUAUAAAUUUAUUUAAUUUAAAUGAAAAAACAGGUGAAUUAUUUUUAGUAAAAAAUCUUGAUCGAGAAUUGAAAUCAGAAUAUAAUUUAACAAUACGUGCAAAUGAUCAUGGACAAUAUCCAUCACAAUUAUCAAGUGAUGUUUCAGUUUAUAUUAAUGUAAUUGAUAAAAAUGAAUAUACACCAGAAUUUCAAGAAAAAAAAUAUUCAUUUCAAAAUAUCGAUGAAAAUAUUUCAAUUAAUUCAUCUAUUGGUUUUGUUAAAGCUACUGAUCGUGAUGAUAAUUUAAUAAAUUAUUCAAUUACGUCAUCAGAUUUGAUGAUUAAUUCUCUAACAGGAGAAAUCUUUGUACGUAAACUACUUGAUUACGAUACACAUCCUUGUAUAAAUGCCAUAGUUACAGCUAAAGAUCAAGGUGGUUUAAGUUCUACUAGUGAAAUUGAAGUUUGUCUAAAACCAAUCAAUGAAUAUUCACCACAACUUCAUCCACAUUCACGUCUUAUUUCUAUUAAUAUUGAUAAUACAAGUUUAAUACAUUUAAAUGCAAGUGAUCGUGAUCGUUCACCAUCAAGUUUUAUCUCAUAUCAAUAUGGACAAGUAUCAAAUUGUAAUUUAACCUUUUUACAAUUAUCAUCAAAUGGAACAAUUUAUUUAAAUAAAAAACAAAAAUGUACAGGUAUUAUUGAUCUUAUUGUAUUAAUUAAUGAUAAUGAUCAAUAUCCAUUAGCAAAAUCAACCAAUGAAACUAUACGUUUUAUUCUUUAUUCGGAUACAAUACCAUUAAGUAUAGCGUCUCAAUUAUCAUCGUCAAAAUUUUUCGAUAAAAAAUUUCAAAAUUUAUCUUUUCAUGAUCUUACACCAGAAAUGAUUAUUACUUUUAUUAUUGUAAUGUCAUUGAUACUAUGUUCAUUUAUUGUCUGUAUCGUUGCUUGUAUUAUAAGUCGAAAACGAAAAAUAUCAAAACAUAAUUCAAAACAAAAUAAACUACUUGUUAAACAAUCACCAUCACCAAUAAUGAAUACAUCACAAAAACGCCUUACUCUUCUCACUUCUUCGUCAAGAGCAAGUAAAGAUCGGAUCUGUUUCACGGAGAAUCAUUGUUUACUCAGCGAUGGUAGCCUUGCAACUGACAUAAAUACGAACAGUCCUUAUAGCAAAUUACAACAAUCAAUAAAGACAAAUGGAAAUAGUGAUACAGGUUCAUCAUAUAAUGAUUCUUGUUAUGGAUCAUCUGAAAUGGAUGUAUGUCAUCAUCAUCAGUCAACAGGAAAUAAAUUAGUCAAACAAGACAUACCAAUAGCAGCGACAAUGACGGAAGCUACUGGCAAAAUUCUCCUGUCGUCUAAUGAAAAUUAUAUUAUUUUAUGUAAAGAUAGUACUACAAAUAGUGAUGAGACAAACCCAUCAAUUUCAAUUCCUUCAUCUUCAUCUUCUUCUCCUACUGCUAAUAAUAAUAACAGUUUAAUAACAACAUGUCAACCUAAUAGACGUACAGGAACAACACAACAAUAUCGUACACAAUUAAAAUCAACAGUAGAUCAAUCAAAUAAAAAAGUUGAAUUUUUCCAGAAUGAUGAUGAAUGUCGUAAGGUACUUUGUUCGACAACAUCGUUUAAUUAUCGAAAUAUUACACCGCUUAACGAAUAUUAUCUUUAG